AUGACGUCCUCACGAUCCUGCCGAGGGAGGUGGGGGGGAGCCCGCGACGCCGAGGCGGGGACGGGACGGGACGCGCGCUCCGAGGGGACGGCCUCCCGGUGUUGCCGGCCCCGCGGGAGCGCCCACCUCGCCCCCGGCUCCCUGAGAACCGAGGUAAAAUGGCCUCGAGACGGCGGAAGUGUCGUCGCUGCCAGCGGGCAGACGGUGGGGCUAACGCGAGGCCGGGGGGCCCGGGAACCCCGAGUCCGCCUCCUGCGUUCAGUUGGCCCCUUCCGAGGUCCGGCUGCCGCACCUCAGCCGCCUGGGGACCCGGAGGUCCUCGCCUCCGCUGCGGCCGGCGGAGUCCCGCACCUACCUCUCCAGAUGGAGGCCGCGCCGGCGCCCGCCCAGUCACAUAGGCCGACCCCGCGCUGUCCUCUCGCCGCCCAGGCCGCCCGACCGCGCCGCCGCCGCCGGCCCCCGCGCUCCUCCUCCGCGCCGCAGCCCCGGCGCUCCCCUUUAUUUGCGGGUCUCGCUGCCACAAAAUGGCGCUGA